UUAAUUCUUUUUUAUUUUUUUAAGAUCUAAUAACUAUUAAUUAAGUAAAAAAUAAAUACAUAGCUUCAAAAAAUCAAGGCAGCAACCAAAAGCCCCUGCAGAAACAUAUAUUUUCUUUCAAGAAUUCUCUCGUCCUCUUCACUCAAAAUGUGUUUAAGAAAUUCGAAGUGUUGGAGCCUAGAUUUGUCGUGCUCUCUGGUACUGCCAAUAGCUAAGUAUAAAGCUGAGCUGUCGAUCAUGAGUGCUGUGUGACCUCUCUCUUUGUCUGUUACUCUAAGUUGUUAAUGUGAUGAACAAGGAAAUACCUAGUCGCUCGAAUCCAAAACGAAGAUGUACAGAAAUUGAGAAAUGCUACUUUGAAUUCAAAGUUGCCCAGAAUUGCAGGUAUCAAAAUUCAAGAUGGAUAUAAUAACUCAACUGCAAGAACAGGUGAAUACAAUUGCAGGUCUUGCCUUCAACACCUUUGGGACGCUUCAAAGGGAUGCUCCUCCAGUUAGGUUGUCUCCUAAUUAUCCGGAACCUCCUGCUAAUCCAUCUAGUGCUGCAGAGGAUGCAGCUAGUCUUGCUGAGCAACCAAAGCUCAUGAGUGCUGCACUUGUCAACGCUGCCAAGCAGUUUGAUCUGUUGGUAGCUGCCCUUCCAUUAGCUGAGGGAGGUGAAGAAGCUCAGCUGAAAAGAAUUGCAGAACUUCAGGCUGAAAAUGAUGCUGUAGGCCGAGAACUACAAAAACAACUGGAAGCUGCGGAUAAGGAAUUAAAGCAGGUGCAGGAGUUGUUCAGGCAAGCAACAGACAACUGCUUGAACUUAAAGAAACCAGAUUGAAGGCUAGGCAAAUUUUCAGCAUAAUUGUGAUAAGCAUUUUGUAGUACUAAUCUGUUUGGUAACAUUGCACUCUGCUCCAAGUAAAUUUUUUUUUUUUUUUUGGCACUGUGAAAUCCCGUUAGAAAAUCCAUUCCUCAUAUCUAUCUGAAUUGGGCUUAGUAUGUUUUCAAGUACGAGGAGAAAACAAAGUGAAGCUCCUGAGGAUGGACGUUCAUAAGUGAAUUACCAAUGGCCCAUGUAAAUAUGAGCGACUAGUAGCACGGUUGUCAGCUCGCAAGGCAAAGGUGCUUUGUACCCACCAAAAAAAAAAAACAGAUUAUGUUAUUACCUCUGUUUCAUUUUGAUA